AUGUCAAACUCGACAAUCGCUAAGCCGUUGACGCUCAAAUGCGGCCUUACCCUCCCGAAUCGCCUCACCAAGGCCGCAAUGGCUGAGAGCUGGGCUGAUAAAGACGGUUUGCCGGUCGAGGCAAUGAACAAAGCUUACGCACAAUGGGCUGACGGCGGAUGGGGACUCGUCAUGACGGGCAACGUUGAAGUUGACGACAGGUAUCUCGGCCAGCCCGGAGAUGUCGCUUACAAUGAAGAUAUCCCUUACGAGCGCAUGCUUUCGGCCUGGCAAACCUGGGCUGCCGCUUGCAACCAGAAUGGAACUCCGACUAUCGUGCAGGUAAACCAUCCGGGCCGUCAGUCACCAUUGGGCGCGGGAAAGCGCGGGUUCCGUGAGAAGGCUCUGGCUCCGAGCCCAGUGCCGUUGAACCUGGGAGAUGGUCUUCUCUCCCGUCUGAUUAGCUCAUUGCUCUUUGGCACCCCGCGCGAGAUGACCGUUGCUGAGAUUCAAGACGUCGUUCGCCGAUUUGCGCAGACUGCGAAGCUUGCUUCCGACGCAGGUUUCGCCGGUAUCGAGAUCCACGCCGCUCAUGGUUACCUGCUUGCGCAGUUCAUGUCGGAGAAGAUCAACAAGCGGACGGACGAGUACGGUGGUUCGUACGCUGGCCGCGUGAAAAUCAUUGUCGAUGUCAUCCGAGCCAUCCGCAAAGCUGUACCGAAGGAGUUCUGCGUCGGUAUCAAGUUUAACUCGGUUGAUCACCAGUCUCAAGCCGAGCUUUCUGGCUGCAUUGAGCAAUUGAAGUUAAUCACUGAGGCCGGGGUUGACUUCCUCGAGAUCAGCGGUGGAACAUACGAGGAUCCUCUGAUGUCCACUGGAGUCAGCGAUGAGAAGAAAUCCGAACGUACUAAGGCUCGCGAGGCAUUCUUCCUCGAGUUCGCCAAGGCCAUCCGCAACGACUUCCCUGACGUUCCCUUGAUGGUGACGGGAGGGUUCCGCACACGUCAGGGUAUGGAGGCUGCGUUGUCGAGCAAGAGCUGCGACCUCAUUGGUGUCGCCAGACCGGCUGUGCUCAAUCCUCACCUUCCCAAGAACACGAUCCUUGCCGCCGAUGUCAAGGACGAGGAUGCGAAGCUGUACGUGAGAAAGAUUGAGGCGCCAUGGAUUGCGCAGAAGCUCGGCAUGAAGGCUGUCGGUGCAGGCGCCGAGUCGGCGUGGUACGGUGGAGAGAUCCGUAAGAUGGGGAAGUUGUGA